AGCCCGGACAGGUCGAACGGACUUUCAGCGUGCCCAAUAUUCCCAUCUCUUACCCAGCGCACCUUACGUAAGUAUGGGAAAAGAUUUGUCUAAGGGGCGGGAGGCCCGUCUUAAGGAUACAGGACCCCUGUCCAGAGAGCAGAAGGCUCACCUUAAGGAGAUUGGACAAAUAAUUGGAGCUCAUAAAACUAUAUUAAAGGAUAAAAGUGAACUUCCCACAAAAAAAGAAGUUAGAGAAUUAAUGAGAUACAUUUGGCAAUACUGUCCAUGUUACCCAACAUUUGGUUCUCUUAAUAUAGACACGUGGGAGAAAAUAGGCUCCUAUUUACACGAGGAGCCUAGAGCACCGACACCUAUAUUAAUCAGCUGUAAAGCUGUUUUAACUGCUCUUUGUCUUCAUCACGGAGACACAUUCACGCUUUCCAAAAAGCAGGCAGAUGAAUUAACAUCUCUAAAACCCACUGCCCCUCCCAAGUAUGAGGAAAUAACAACAAAGGCUGUAGGGGAAGAGAAAAGGGAAAGCAAAGAGGAGAUUUUAAAGCAAACUCCUCAAGAAGAAAAAUCCAACACCCCAGAAAAAUCUGAUAUCCCUCCUAAAUAUGAAGAAGUAACAACAGAGAUUGUAGAAAAAAUAAAAGAGGAGAUCAAACAACAGGCUCCUCAGGAAGAAAAAUCUAAUAUUUAUCCAGUUUUAAGAAGUACUGAGUACUCACUCGGUCCCCUCACUGCAGGAAUGCAAAAAAAGAGAAGUGGGGAGGACGUGAAACUGAAGGACCUAAAAUUAAUGGCUGCUUUUCCUGUUGAUUUUACAGGACAAAACCCUGUGUUCACUCCCUUGCCAUCUAGUGUUUUAAAAGAUUUGUCUCCAUAUGUGCAAGGUUUAUUGCAGAGUUUGUCUGAAAAUUAUGUUUUAUUGCCAAAUGAAUGGUACUCAGUAGCAAAAAUACUUUCCACUUGGCAGAUCAUCACGGAAUGUUUAAAAACUCAUGAACAAGCCGUGAUGGGGGGAACAGACACCCCCCUGCUAUAUUCAGAAACCUCUUUGCUAAACUCUCACUCUGAAUCCAAGGCUUUCUUUUUCCUUGUAUGUAUGCCUUUGAAGCUUCUCAACGUUACGCUUCUGUCUGUUUCACAGUCGGGAGAUUAAUUUUGGGGCAUUCGGCCAGCCCCACACAAAAGGCUGUCUUUUAUUUUCCUUCUCAUUUCAAUCUCUUGGCAAGUGAAUCUGCCUGGCUC